UGUGGUCGGCGCGUCCCGCUCUUCGUUGGUGGCGGCGGCGGGACCAGGUCGCGUCGCCACCAUGGCGGUACGACAGGCGCUGGGCCGGGGCCUACAACUGGGUCGGGCGCUGCUGCUGCGCUUCACAGCUAGGCCCGGCCUGGCCUACGCCUGGGGGCGCCCCGGCCCGGCGGCAGGCUGGGGUCGCGGAGGCCGCCCCGGCCGGGCCGCGGGACCCUCCGCUGAGCCCGGCGGGCUGCGGCUCCCCGGCCGCUACCGCUUCUUCCGUCAGUCGGUGGCGGGGCUGGCGGCGCGGCUCCAGAGGCAGUUCGUGAUGAGGGUCCGGGGCGCGGGCCCUAGCGGCAGAGCCGUCUUUCUGGCCUUCGGGCUGGGGCUGGGCCUCAUCGAGGAGAAGCAGGCGGAGGGCCGGCGGGCCGCCGCGGCCUGUCAGGAGAUCCAGGCAAUUUUUACCCAGAGAAACAAGCUGGUGCCUGACCCACUGGACACACGACGCUGGCAGGGCUUCCGGCUGGAGGACUAUCUGAUUGGACAGUCCAUUGGCAAGGGCUGCAGUGCUGCCGUGUAUGAAGCCACCAUGUCUGCAUUGCCCCAGUAUCUGGAGAAAGCAAAGCAUGUUGGGCCUUUACCAGGGAGAGAACCAGAUGUGGUCCCACAAGAUGGGGAGGUGGGGGCUCCAGGAGCCUCUGCCUUUCCCCUGGCCAUCAAGAUGAUGUGGAACAUCUCGGCUGGCUCUUCCAGUGAAGCCAUCUUAAGCACAAUGAGCCAGGAGCUGGUCCCAGCUAGCCGAGUGGCUUUAACUGGAGAGUAUGGAGCAGUCACUUACAGGAAGUCCAAGAGAGGCUCCAAGCAGCUGACCCCACACCCCAAUAUCAUCCGGGUUUUCCGCGCCUUCACCUCAUCAGUGCCACUGCUGCCAGGGGCCCUGGCCGACUACCCUGACAUGCUGCCCCCAAGUCUCCACCCCGAAGGCCUAGGCCAUGGACGCACGCUGUUCCUCGUAAUGAAGAACUACCCCUGUACCCUGCGCCAGUACCUUCAUGCAAAUGCUCCUAGCCCCCGCCUGGCCACUAUGAUGAUCCUGCAGUUACUGGAAGGCGUGGAUCACCUGGUCCAGCAGGGUAUCGCACACCGAGACCUCAAGUCUGACAACAUCCUUGUGGAGCUGGGUGCAGAUGGCUAUCCCUGGUUGGUGAUCUCUGACUUUGGCUGCUGCCUGGCUGAUGAGCAUGUCGGCCUGCAGCUGCCUUUUACCAGCUGGUACGUGGAUCGGGGUGGAAAUGGCUGCCUGAUGGCUCCUGAGGUGUCCACAGCCUGUCCUGGCCCCAGGGCAGUGAUUGACUAUAGCAAGGCUGAUGCCUGGGCUGUAGGAGCCAUUGCAUAUGAAAUCUUCGGGAUCGCCAACCCCUUCUAUGGCCAGGGAAGGGCCCACCUGGAAAGCCGCAGUUACCAAGAGUCUCAGCUCCCUGAGCUGCCCGAGAUGGUGCCUAUGGAUACCAGGCAUCUGGUGAGGGCAUUGCUCCAGCGAGAGGCCAGUAAGAGACCAUCAGCACGAGUAGCUGCAAAUGUGCUCCACUUAAGCCUCUGGGGUGAACAUAUUCUAGCCCUGAAGAACCUGAAAUUAGACAAGAUGAUCGGCUGGCUUCUCCAGCAAUCAGCAGCCACUUUACUGGCCAACAGGCUGGUAGGGAAGAGCUGCCUGGAAACAAAGCUGAAGAUGUUGUUUCUGGCUAACCUAGAGUGUGAUUCACUCUGCCAGGCGGCUCUCCUGCUCUGCUCGUGGCGGGCAGCCCCAUGACACUGUGUGUCACUGAUGUGUUACUAAAAGGACUUGGCAGCAUGUGUCAUAAAGGUGUGUGGAUGCUAUGGGAGCUCACUGGGAGUGUUAGAAUCAGGAGACAAGCAGACUGAGUGUGGGGCUGGUCAGCCAAAGAAGAGGCCUUGGUUUGGCAAACAGAAGGAACAAGUUGAUUCAGUUUACUCUGUAGCCACUAACUCUUAAAUUCUAUAAUCUAUGUGGACUUAAGUUCUUCGCCCUGCAGAAUCAAGGGAUGGCUCUAGAUCAGAAGUUGGCAAACUCUGUGGAAGGCCAGUAAAUCAAGUUGUUGCAACUACUCAACUCUGCUGAAGCACAAAGCAAGCUAAGCAAACUAGUGCUGUGUUUCAACAGUUUUGUGGACCCUGAAAUUGGAAUUUUCAUAUGUCAUUUUUCUAACCACUUAACAGUGUAAAAACUACUUCAAGACUGCAAGUGGCAGGCCACUGUGGUCCACAGGCCAGUUUGCCAACCUCUGGUCUAGAUGAAUUCACAAGACCUAACCCUUAAAACAUUAGGUCCCUGUGCAUUACCUCACCUUAUCUUCAGCCCUGUUCUGUCCUCACAGACCUCCCACAUUGAAUGGCUGAGCUGAAUGGUCAGAUCUGCACCUCAGAUCACAGAGAAGGCAGUGAGUAGCUAUGGGGACAGAGGGAGUAUUUGACCCUAGAAUGGUCAGCCAUGGCCCCAGUAGGCAUGCUCUACCUGGUUGAGACAAACAUUUGUGCAGGGUAGUAAUUCAGGGAUCAUAAAAAUCCACAGCAGACCCUGACUGCCUCCACAAUGGCGCAUGGCUUCUGGAACGGCUGUGGCACUGGGAUAAUGCUUCCCUCCCAGCUCCUCUAGCCACUGAACUCAACCUAGCACAACUAAAAAGACUGGGUGUGGGUCUAAACUUGCCCAUUUCCUUUCUGACUAGCAUCUGUUAUAGGAUAUGUGAGAUUAAAUACACAUUUACAGUGCACAGUAUAUAUGUAUGUGCGGAAUAUUUGGGUUUCAGAAUGAUCUUUAUGCUCUGGGCAUGAGAAGAAGAGACUUCAAAAUUUUACACAUGCUUUUUAAGAAUGCAACCAUGGACUAUAGUAGUGAGCAAAAAAUUAUUUUCAGCCAUGCUAUGGUUCCAGCACCCUGAGGGUAUCAACAACUUUAGCUGCUGAGAAGUUAGCAUGCAGUUAUUUCAUAGUUAAAAGACAAUCGUUCAAUCUUUGCAAAACUGGAAAAAGCAACUGGUGUCUUACACCUACCGUCCUCAGUAGGCUGAGACCCAAGGACUAAGGUUUGAAGCCAGACUCAAUAAACAAAUUUGAGAUACUCA